AAUCAACAGACAUAUUGUGAAUACUGUGUACUGAACAAACAUCGCUUUGUCGUGUCUUGACAUCUGAUUGUAAAAACAUAAUGUCUUCUGCAAGUUCAGCAUUUCUUACAUGUUUAUCAUCCAUGGAAGACAGUUGUAGUUCUGAAAUGUUAAAAUCACUAAGCGAUCCAGCACAUAAGAGCGAGCACUUGAUGAAUAAUGCUAUACAAUCAGGUAAAGCCGCACACGGCUUGGAGUUUUUUAAUCACAUUCGAAACAACAAACAUUGUUAUAAACAAAAAAUAUUGAACCAAGGCCUUAUUUUGGCUUGUAAACAUGGGAGAAAAUUUAUCGCUCAGAUUUUGUUGUUUUAUAAUGCCAACUUGGAGACGAGAGAUGAAGAUGGCAACACACCACUCUUGAUAUGUGCUGAGAAAGGUUUUACUGACAUAGCUCUGUUACUGGUUGAUAAAGGCGCUGAUGUCAACAGUUACAAUAACGACGGUGACACAGCACUUUUACUUUCCAUCACAACAUCCGGUUCUUCAGAGCUGGCUAGGAAACUCCUUGAAAUUACAUAUUUAAAUUUUAGCCAUAAAAAUAAUAAUGGAUGCACAGCCAUGUCUAAAGCUUUUGAUGUUUUAGAUUUUUCAUUGCUAGAACUAUUCAACAAAAGAACGAAUGAAAACAAUAUUACUAAUUUUAAAAUCUGUAGCGAUAUUUCGGUUCUCGAAGCUGAUGAAGAGAUUGCUAGUACUUUAGGUCUGGAGCUAAUAUAUUCAACUUUUAAGAUCAAUUAUAUGACAUUCUUAAAAAACGCUGUUUUUAAUAGAGAUCUUCGAACUAUACAACUUCUUUUAAUAACUGGUGAAUGUACCGAAGAUUAUAAUAUUGUCAAUGACUUUUUAUAUCACUUACUAAUAAAUCAUGAAGAAGUGAAUGCAACUGCUUUGAUUAUUGUCGAAAUGCUAUUAGAUACUAAAUCGCCAGUGAGAAAGAGAAGUAUAGAUCUUUCUGAAUCUUUAGAACUGGGUAACCUGAAGAUGAUCGAGUUAUUGUGUCGUAAAACCACUGUCUCAUCUGUCUCACCCAGCUCAGUACAUUCAGUGAUCGAUAAUGAUCGCUGCGAUAUAAUACGAUUCCUUCUUACAAAUGGUGGUAAAGUUAAUACUAAGGAAUAUUUGGAAUAUGCAAUACGGAACGAGCAAUUUGAUUGUGCCAAAUUACUUUAUACAAGUGGAGCAUUUGUCGAUUUUAACAAAGCCAUAUUUACUGCUGUAAAAAACAAUCAACCUAAGGUUAUAUUAUUUUUAGAAGAGCUCUGUCAACUGGAAGCGCAAAGGUCGUUGAACUGGAUUGGAGCAGAAGUCUUUAUUCAAGCAGUGGAAAUGGGUUAUAAAGAAAUAGUUGCAAUCCUAGUCGAUAAAGGCGUAGAUGUUAAUUUAGUUUUCAAAGAAAAAACAGCUUUGAUGGUAGCUAAAGAUAGCGACAUGUUGAAACUUUUGAUAAAACUUGGGGCUGAUGUUAACAAACUUGUACUAAUAAAUGGAGAAUUUUAUACUGUCCUUAGUCACAUUUUAAAUGCAUUUUAUCAGAAAAUAUUCUAUUCCAAGGACACUCUUUUGGAAAUGAUUAGCGUCAUCAUAAAACAUUUACAUGACCUUAACACAACAGACUCUGUAGGCAACACAUACUUGAUGCUUGCUGUUCAAGUACCAAACUUUAUUGAACUCAUCAAAUGUCUUUUGUUCGCCGGUGUUGAUGUCUCCAAGCAAAAUAAUCACGGAAAAACUGCUCUUCACUUGGCAGUAGGGAUGCGUUCGAUUGAAGUUGUAAAGGUUCUUUUGGACAAUAAAGCAAAUAUUAAUGCAAAGUGCAUUGGAGGAAAAACCCCUUUAAUAUAUGCGGUUGAGAAUAAUUCAGUUGAAAUGGCGAAUUUACUUAUAAAAAACCAAGCAGAUGUUAAUUUGGGGUGUAAUGACAGACAAUCUCCUCUAAUGGUUGCUGUAGCUAGGUCGAACAUAGCAAUGGUAAAACUCUUGAUUGAAAACGACGCUACUAUAGAUGAUGAGGACAAUAAAGGGGAGACUGCCUUGUUUAGAGUAGCUGCACAUCACAAGGUCGAUGCUGGUGAAGUCGUUAAAAUACUCGCAGAAGCGGGUGCGUGUCUUAAUCACCAGAACAGAGAAGGAAAAACAACCCUGAUGCUGGCUGCUAAAAACAGUAAUUUCAAUGUUCUACAAAUUUUAUGCGAAACUGGAGCAGACGCCAACUUUUUGAAUACAAUAAAUAAUGAAACAGCGUUGUCUAUUCUUACAAACAAUAAACCUGUUGACUUUCCAUGCGUGAAUUAUUUGCUGUUUCAUGCUGGUGCUAACAUCUCAUUUGUAUUUUCUUCUUUCAUCCAUGCAUGUAUUCGUGAGGAACAACUACCCACUAUUAGAAAAUUAAUAUCGUUAGGUCUUGGACCAAGCAAUGUCAAAUUUAAAUAUUUAUUUAUUUUCUGUGACCUCACCUUUAAAGGAGUCUCUCGUUGUUGGUAAUGUACAGCUUGCCAAAUAUUUCAACGACAUUUGGUUUUUAACUCAGUCAGACACAACCACAUUACUUUCAGAUUGUAAUUUGUACGACCGGUUAAAGCUCUCAGGAGAUGAACGUUGUUUAGAAUUUUUUGAGAAUUAUCUAACCCAGCCCAUGUCCUUACAGAAACUCAGUUUUGUGGUCGUGUCGUCUGCUGUAGGGGCGGAGUCUGGGAGAGAAGAGCGGGUAAAAAAACUCAAACUCCCGGUGUUGUGGCAAAACAAACUGAUGUUUACACACGCGUGUGACGUGGAAAAAGAGCAAGCAGCCGAAGACGAUACCAGCGGCUCAAAAAGACUAGAUUUAAGAGGGAAUCUAUUUGCUAAUCGACGCAGGAUAAACUAUGAAAUCGAUCAUGACGAAAUCGAUUCUGAUUUAUACUAUGGUGAAUACGGUGACUCUGACGACGAUUACUGGAAUAUUUGAUUUUCUAUGACAUUUAUUCAUAAACGUUUUGAACGCAAUAUAUGGGACAAUUGCGCCACAGGGAAUAUUACUUUAAAAAAAACAAAUAUGCUUCUUUCAGUUAAUAACCAAUGUUAUUUAAAUAUAUAAUGGACACAACCGAGUUGACGAUAAUCCUUCCAUCAGCAUUAUUGACUUGGAUAACAACAUGUUUUUAGAUUUUUUCCAUCAAAACAGCCGU